UUUUUUUUUUUGUGGAAUUAAUGAUUUCUUUUUGCCUUAGAGCAGAGAAGCAAGUCCUUUGAAUAGUUCACAUGGAGCAAUAUGAAGUACUGGAGCAAAUAGGCAAGGGAUCAUUUGGUUCAGCUCUUCUUGUGAAGCAUAAACAUGAAAAGAAGAAGUAUGUGCUGAAAAAGAUCCGUCUUGCCCGGCAGACUGAUAGGUCACGCCGCUCUGCACAUCAAGAGAAGGAACUCAUUUCUAGAAUUCGAAAUCCAUUUAUUGUAGAGUACAAAGAUUCCUGGGUAGAGAAGGGCUGCUAUGUAUGUAUUAUCAUAGGUUAUUGUGAAGGAGGAGACAUGGCAGAAGCUAUAAAGAAAGCUAACGGAAUGCUUUUCCCAGAAGAGAAGCUCUGUAAGUGGCUUGUGCAACUUCUGAUGGCACUUGACUACUUGCAUAUGAAUCAUAUUCUUCAUCGUGAUGUCAAGUGUUCAAAUAUCUUUUUGACAAAGGAACAUAACAUUCGACUUGGUGAUUUUGGACUUGCCAAAAUUUUGACUUCGGAUGACUUUACUUCCUCUGUUGUGGGGACUCCCAGCUAUAUGUGUCCUGAGCUUCUUGCUGAUAUACCUUAUGGUUCAAAAUCAGAUAUUUGGUCAUUGGGAUGCUGUAUAUACGAAAUGACUGCUCUGAAGCCUGCAUUUAAAGCCUUUGAUAUGCAAGCUCUUAUUAACAAGAUAAAUAAAUCAAUUGUUGCUCCACUUCCAACUAAAUAUUCUGGUGCCUUCCGAGGUCUUGUCAAAAGCAUGCUGCGAAAGAACCCAGAGCUUAGGCCAAGUGCUGCAGAGCUUCUCAGGCACCCAUAUCUUGAGCCUUAUGCCUUCAAGGUUCAUCUUAAGAUCAACAGCCCUAGACACAAUGCACUUCCUGUCCAGUGGCCCGAAUCCAAUUACAUAAAGAAAACACGAUUUGCAGAUCCAGAAGAUCUCUCUCUUAAAUCUUACAGGAAGAAGCGACAUUCAUUCAGCAAUGAUAGGGCAUUAAACCCCAAUAUAUCUGCAGGAGAGCAAGACUCGUUGUGUUCUACAAAAGGAAUACAUGGUAGGUUAUCAGAAUUAUCCAUUGGAAGUAAUGAAGGAACAGUUAUUUGUAAAUCAAUCACUGCUUCAAAACCUUCAAAUGUUGCCAAGGCUUCAAGAAUUACUCCCCCAAAAGCUUCUGUCACAACUGGGCGACCAACUGAGACUCUGAAGAAGCGUGAAACUCUACCUAUCACACGCACUCCAACAAAAAAAUCAGUCCCUACAAAUCGCAGAGCAUCUUUCCCACUGCCAACAAGAUCUGCAAAUAUCAGUAUCCUUCACGAUAUAAAAUCUCCAGAUGUCUCUGUCAAUGCUCCUCGAAUUGACAGGAUAGCUGAAUUCCCACUAGCUUCAUAUGAAGAGACAUUCUUUCCUAUCAGGAGAACUUCAUCGACUUCAGCUCAAGGAUCAUGUGGCACCCCACAUCACGGUGACCACUCAAUCACAAAGGACAAAUGCACAGUUGAGGUUGACAGAAGCUCUGCCAAGCCCAAUUUCGCUAAUGCAUGGCAAGGAAUUGAACAUGGCGUGUUUCAGGUAGAUGAAGAGGAAGGAAGCAAUUCCUCUAAUCAAAAUGCAACAGCAGGUGCAUCGAGCCGUACCUCGUCGGACACAAGGCGCUGUAGGUUUGACACCUCAUCAUUCAAGCAACGAGCUGAAGCUUUGGAAGGGCUGCUUGAAUUUAGUGCAAGAUUACUGCAAGAUGAAAGGUACGAAGAGCUUGGUGUGCUACUAAAGCCUUUUGGGCCCGGUAAGGUUUCCCCCAGGGAGACUGCUAUAUGGUUGACAAAAAGCUUCAAGGAGAAUACUCUCAAACCUGAAGAUUUAUAGAAACCGAUUCAAUGUGUACCAUAGUGACAGUUUUAGAGCUUGAUCUAUCAGCUUUUCAUCGAUGAUCUGUGAUGAGGCACAAGAUAAUUAGGUAGAUGUUUUUUAGGUUGUAAAUUUCAGUGCCCCUCUCUUCUCAUUCUUCCUUUUUCUUUCUUUCCUUUUUUUUUUUUUUUUUUUUUUAAAUUGAGAUAGGCAAUUUAGUUUUGUCAUGUUAGGGAUUUAAACUUUUCUGCAGAUGAGUUUGGGCAAGGUACUAAUGCUGUAAUUUGACAUUAUGUGAUAGAUCCAUUGCGAAUUUGCAGUUACUAGACGUGUCAUUUGGUCA